AGAGGGAGAGAGAGAGAGGGAAAGAGAGAGAGGGAGAGAGAGAGUGGGAAAGAGAGAGAGGGAAAACAAGCAGAAAGAGGGGGGGAAGUAAAAGCAGAGUGGCGGAUGAGAAAAACAGGCCGUGUGAAUGGGCCAGGAGCGCAGGGAGCUGGAGAGAGGAGGAAGCUGCUGCUGCUGCUACUCCCGCUCCCACUCUCCCCGUUCCUCCUCCUUCCUCCUGCUGCUGCUCUUACUGCUGCUUGUUUUGUGAGUCAAAGUGGACUCCCCCUGGCAUGCACUCCUCCUGCACCUCCGACGACAAUGCCGCAGUGCUGGGAUCAGGAUCUGGCUGCGUGCUCCACCACCCUGCUGCUGCUACUCAGCACUACGGUCACCUCUGCGCCCACGAUGGGCCCUCGCCCGCCAACGGUGCCCCUGUGCCCGAGGGCCGCUACGGGCCCCGCUCACGGGCCUUGCCGGAGGAAGAGGAGGGAGGUGCAGUGCUGGAGGGGCCCCGAGCCAGACGGCCAUUCACCUCGCUGAUGAGAAGGGGAAGUGGGGAGGAAGAACUAGAGAGAAACGGCGGCGGCGGCGGCGGCGGCGGCGGCCAUGUUAUGCCCAGGAACACGCAAAGGAGGGUGGAUUUUUACUUAGGGCCGAACCACUGCGCUGUGUUGGGGGACUGCACACCACGCUUCCCGCAGGAGUGGGAUCCAUGUUACAUCCCCCCUCCGAGAUGGAACUGGCCGGCAGUGGAGCCCUGCUGGGAGCACUGUGCGUGCAGUAGGGAUGUCCGGCCAGAGCGGGAGAGGACGCCUCCUCUGCCACCGCUGCCACCGCUGCCACCGCUGCCAUCACCUCCGUGCUGCUACUCGCCCGAGAGACGACCUCUCAGUGCCAGCCAUGCACCACACCAGCCUCCCCCAGAGUUCAGGGGUCAUCCGAGACGCAGGGAGGUCGUCCACAGUGGCAUGAAGGAACCCUGCUGGGAGUGUGUGCGAGCCCACUAUUGGAGGGACAGACAUAGGCCUGACCUCAUAGCUGUAGACCCUGUUUGUGGAUACAACGGCCAGUACCAACAAGCGCUCAGUCCUGUGCUCUCAUAUGGCCAUGAACAUACUUACGAGCACCAAAGACUUAGCAGGCAGACGAGCCCUGAGCAUGGGACUUGUAAUGGGCCAACACUGGGCCAAAGAACGUUCUUCCCCACAGAGGUUCCCCCGGCAAAGUUACGAGGCCCUGAGGAGUCCGGUUUCUGUCGGCCCAAGAGUGUGCGCGGACUGCGGAGGAGGGAACACGAGUCGGAGGGACAGAAGGAGAAGGAAAGUAAGUCUGGAGCAGUGAAUCAACAGAAGAGUCAGGGUUCCGUGAGAGAACAGAUCCGGAGGGUGAUGGGUGACCUGGAGGAGGUUCUUGGAGGCCUGAAGCAGGUUCACCUGGAGAUGAAGGAGGUUGUGCAACAAAUUGACGUCUUGACCACUAACAUUGACCUUGGCGGAGACGAGUUGAGCAGUCGGACUUCCCAUGAACCUCUGCUUCAACAACAGGCUCUCUGCCACGAGGUCAAGGCACUCGUCCACAUGCCAGCCGACACUCACCCCCCCCAGGAGCCGCAGCCACAGCAGCAGCCACACGGCAUCAAUGGUCACCCCACCCCCAAACUCUCCACCUGUCACCCCUCCAUAACACGGCGAGGGCACACUCCCACCGGCGACUCACACCGGGUCAGGGCCCUAAUCUCGGGCCAUGAGGCCACGAAGAACAGGAGCAAAAUGAACGGCAACUGCGUGGCUCCUCGCCCGCCUCGGGACCGGGUCAAAGACGCCCAGAGACGAAGGAUAGAGCUUGCCUCUCUGCCCAGCUCGCUCCCCGCCAAUGGCAGCACCACGUCCGUCAAGAACCACAAGCCUCAAUCCUACCCCAACCACAACGGGCGGGCGGAGCUCCUCCAUAAGGACUUGGAUGCGUCCGUGAGUGCCGUGCGGACUGCUGCCCACCAGGGGAAGGGCGGGCAGCUCUCCACGGCCGUGUGAGGUGAGGGGUGGGUGGGGCUCGGUGGAGGGAACACUCCGAAUGGAGACAGAGUCUCCCACCUUGUUGCCAUGGACAUGGCUGUGCGGCUUACCUGGAGAGGAACGACUCUGGAGGUCCUGUGUCUGGGUUACUCAGGGUACUGAAGCCAAAGAGGGGCAGAGAGUGGGAGACGUGAAGAGAGACAGAGGCAGAGGGAGUGUUGGCUUCUGGGAGGAGGCUCGCUGCCUGAAGGGGGAGGCAUUUCCAAAGGAAAGGAAAGCUCUGGAUCAUCCUGUCACGCUCUGGCAGACUCCAGCUCUCCCCAGCAUUCAUUCAGUCAAGCUCAACUACCUUCCUCAAGGGGACACUUACUGAACACAGGCGCUUGUCCUGUUUUGUAUGUGUGUACGUGAACGUAUACAUGUACGUGUACGUGUAUGUGUACGUGUACAUGUGUAUGUGUGUGUGUGUGUGUGUGUGUGUGUGUGUGUUUGUGUGUGUGUGUGUGUGUGCACGUGUGUAUUUGUGCGUGUGCGCAUUUGUGUGUGUGUGUGUGUUUUUAGUUACCUCAGACUGAGGAUGGACAUGCAAAUAUUACCAAAGAUACAUCUGAGAACUCUCUGAGUUUCGUGAUAAAAAAAAAAACUCUGUUAGGCACAAAGUAAUCCUCUAAUGGUGAAAAAGUGUCUGUAUUUUUGCUGCUCUAAUAUUUUGAAAUAAGCUCUGCUAUGCUUGGCCAGUGUCUCCCUGGCUAUUGUCACCCUAUCUGGUGUGAGUGCACGCCUCGUACUCUUUUGAGGGGAUUUGUAAACUGUGAGGAUUGGCUAUACCCUCCCCACUUUUGGAGUAGUGUUUUCAUAUGAAAGCUAUUGCACAAAUUAUGUGUUGGAACCGUAGCCAAAGCACCUAAUCCUGCGAUAAAGGAGUUGUAACUGGU